AUGUUAAGAAUCGUAUGUCAAUCAGGUGAUGCUGGAUCAACGUUUCGUGCCGGUAUGGUUCGUUUAAAGUUUGGUCUUCAUGGUCCACAAAUUUCUUCUCAUGAAACGAUUUCUUACAUUAAUCCAAAGAUAAAUUCCAUUGAGCCACUCAUCGGUAUUCAAAGUGGUGGUACAGUUUUAACAAUUUCUGGCGAAAAUUUUAUUAUUGGCAAUAGUCAUCUAUCAGUCUUUAUUGGAAAUCGUUCAUGUCAAUUACUAUCAAUAUCAUCGAAGAAAAUCGAAUGUGAAACAAGAUCAUUUCCUCGUUCGAUGCUAAAUGAAAAUCAAACAAUCAACAUUUUGUUUGAUCGACAAACAAAGUUAAUAUAUAAAUAUAUGUUUACUAUUGUUCCAAAUCCAAUUCUAUAUGGAUUUGAUAAAAAUAGUCAAUAUAGAAGUUUUGUCAGUGGUGGUCAUGAAGUGAUAGUUCUUGGUGAAAAUUUUCAUAUCAUACAAAAUAUUCAAUUAGAAUUUAGACAAUUCAUAUUUGUUUCACCUUUAUAUCAAAAUAAUACGCAUCUAGUAUUUUUAACACCAUCAAUUGAAGAAUUAAACUUAUAUGAACAACAAAAAGUUGAAAUAAAAAUCUAUUUAGAUAAUUUUAAUAAAACAUCAUCUUUGAUUUAUAUUGAUGAUCCAAUGAUUUAUGAACUUGAACCUAUGUUACAACCAUAUGCAAGUGAACUAACGAUUCAAGGCAUAAAUCUUACUUCUGUGGGACACACAAAAAAUCAUAUUGUUGUACAAAUUGGUUGUGAUCUAUGUACUGUUAUUCACCUUCAAGCCGAUAAAAUUAUUUGUCAACCACCACGAUAUCGCCCAGAAAAAUAUUCGAAAGCAAAACGUCUUUGCUAUAAUUCAGAACAUCCAUCAAUUAUCGUUACUAUCGAUAAUAUACGUGCGCAUGUUGGGUUUAUGAUCUAUCCAAAAAAACUUAUCAUACUCGGUAACGAUUAUUUUCUGUUUUUAACAAUUCUCGAUCAAAACAAAUAA